AUGCCUCAUUUUGAUUACUGCAGCCCCGUCUGGGACUGUUUGAGUGGUUACUUGAGUGAUAAGCUCCAAAAAUUACAGAAUCGUGCAGCCAGAGUUAUUACUAAAUCACCCUUUGAUGCGAGCUCAAACCACCUUCUCUCCACCCUCAGCUGGGAGAGGCUAUCUCUUCGACGAAAGAAACAAAAAGCCUUAAUGAUGUAUAAAACCAUACAUGACCUUGCUCCAAAAUAUCUACAAAGUCUUUUCUCUCAGCGUCACUCUGCUUACAACUUAAGAAACUCUGAGGGAAGGCUGACCCUGUCCAAACCAAACACCAAUUAUUUGAAACGAAGCUUCUCUUACAGCGGGGCCAUGUUAUGGAAUAACUUGCCCAAAAACUUAAAAAACGCUGCAUCCGUUGAGCAUUUUACGCGAAAUAUCAAGAAGGUAGCUGAUAUAUCGGAUUCCCACACGGCAAUCAUGUAA